AUGCUUUUAUUUGGAAUAUAUAAUUUCGGUUUAUUACUAUUGCAAUGGAAUGAGAAUAUAGUACUUCAUAACCAUAUAAACAAUGAAGCAUUGACGUUUGUAUCUUUCAGAUUGCUAGCGCAAUCGAAUGUAGAACCAUAUGAUGAAACGAAUUUGGAAAAUCCAUUUGUAUUAGAUGCAGAAGAAAAUGAUAAUAAAUUAGGAAGCCAUAUAACUAGUAUCGGACCUGAGGUAAAUGUAAAUUCACGAGUAUAUAAAUCAAUAGGCAAUAAAGAUGCUCAUAAUAAAUUAAAAAAUGAUAACAUAUCAAAAAAAAAAAAUAAUGAUGAAUUAAAUUACGAAAUAAAAAAAGGUGAAUUAAUAAAAGAAGACCCAUUAAAUGAUAAAAAUGAAGAUGGUAAAAUAUUAGAUAAAGAAGAAAAAAAUCGCCAAAUUGUGAACAAUUUAAAAUCAGAUUAUUUAAAUUCAAAUGAACAACUUCAAAAAAAAUAUAUAGAAGAAAUAAAACUAUUUGACGAGGAGACAGAAGACAUACCAAAAGCAUUAAAUGAUUUAUUGGAUGAUAAAAUAGAAAAUCUAAAGUUAUUAAUGAAAGAAAUGUUAACCAGAGAACUUCAACUGAUAAAGGAACGAUUGCAUAUGUGUUUAAAAACAGAUAUCAAAAAAUGUGGAUUAAUAAAAAGUAAGUUAUUAGAAAAUCAAAUUGAGAAAGCUAAUAUAUUAAGGGAUAAAUUGUUAGAAGAUAAAUAUAUAUGUACAAAAAUGAAAAUUGAAGAUAUUAAUAGCAUGAAAUCAUUGGAAAAUAGUAUAAACAAUAUGGGUAUUAGAGAUAGAACGAAAUUAAAGAUAAAAAAACAUAUUAAAAAUUAUAUGGACAGUGAUGAUUCAUUUGAGCAAGUUAAUAUUUAUAAUAAAAUUAAGAAAUAUAUUACAAAUGAUAUAAAUCCAGGCAUCUUUCGAAAAAUAAUGCAUACUCUAAAAAUACAAGAAGGGGUCGACUCUAUAGGCAAAAGCAAAUUAUAUCAUAGAAUAACACAUAAUCCUUUGUUAUUAUAUAUAAGACGAUAUGUAAUAUUCGAUUUAAUAGUAUUUAUAGGUACUAGUCAACUCAUGGAAUCGGCAAUUGUAGCAAUACCUAUAACAGUUGUAUUACUUAUUAUAUUAUUUUUUGUGGUCAAAUUUAAGAGUAAUAUAACAGAACUUUUCCAAAAAAAAAAAGAGAAAAAAAAGGAGAAAAAGAAAAAAAGAUAA